AUGGCAGUACGAACAGACUGGAGGUGCCUCGCAGCCUCUGUGUUAAUCCUGGCGUCAGCAGCUUCGCCAGUGGCCGCCAGCUCAGAAGCCGCGACGGCUGCCCACAGCCCGGCCAGCGCGCCAGCAGGAGAGGCGACGCCCCGGCCCAGCGGCCAGCCGACGCCGCUGGAGUCCGCCGCACAGUGGGCGACGGCGCGCCUCUCGUGGCUGGCCGACGCCGCGCAGGACGCGGCCGACGCCGUGCUGGAACUGCCGCGGCAGCUGCUGCUGCUGCCCAUCCGGCUCGGCUACUACCCCGGCCUCAAGAGGGAGCAGGACGAGAUUCCGGAGCUGGUGCGCUUCCCCUGCUGGCGGGAGGUGGCGGCGGCGAGGAACUCCUCCGGCGGAGACGUGCCGGGCAGCGUGCACAGUCUGCGGCCGCAGGACAUCGCCGUCAUCGCCGCGCUGGGCGACAGCAUCACCGCUGCCAACGGCGCCAUGGCCUACACCGAGGACGAGACGCGCCUCAACUACAGGGGCGUCUCCGCCAUGGGAGGAGGUCGCGGCACUUGGAGGCGCUACCUGACGCUGGCCAACAUCCUUCGCGAGUUCAACCCGCGCCUGAGGGGCUUCGCGCUGCGGCCGGCCGAGACGGGCACCCCGCUGGCGGGGCUCAACCUGGCCGAGAACGGCGCGCUCGACGACUCGCUGGUCCACCAGGCGCGCCGGCUCGUGCUCAUGCUGCGCAGGGACCCCUUCGUCGAUGUGGCCAGGCACUGGAAGCUUGUGAACAUCCUGAUCGGUGGCAACGACCUGUGCAACGAGUACUGCCACGUGGACGACGGCAAGGACUCGGCCGACGGGCACCGGCAGCAGCUGGAGGCGGCCCUGCUCCACCUCAAGCGCCACCUGCCGCGCACCCUCGUCAACAUCAUACACAUCCCCAACCUGCUGCAGCUGCGCGACAUGCAGAACGUGCCGGUGGUGUGCCACGUGAAGCAGCUGGUGCUGUGCUCCUGCCUGUUCGGUGGCGCCGAGCGCGUCAAGGCGACGUCGGUGGGGGCGCUGCUGCAGGGCUACUGGGACGCCGAGCGACAACUGGCGCUGGAUGAUCGCUUCGAGAGCGAAGAGUUCGCGGUGGUGCUGCAGCCGUUCUUCCUGGGCGUGGAGAGUCCCGCCGAUGUGAACACGUGGUUCGGCGCGGCGCCAGACCUCAGCUACUUCGCGCCUGACUGCUUCCACUUUAGCCAGAAAGCUCACGCCCUCAUCGCCAACGCGCUCUGGAACAACAUGCUGGAGCCCGUCGGCAACAAGACGGAGGGCUGGCGGCCUCUGAUGCAGCGCUUCCUGUGCCCCUCUGCGGAGGCGCCCUACUUCUUCACCCGCAACAACUCCGACAAGUUCUUUGAUACCGGGCGGCAGUAGCACCUUGCAAAGGCCAUAUAUCACUUAAGGAGGGAAAAUCUCAAGCACUGAGAGGUUUAACUGAGAUGUAUAGGGCUGCUUCUCUUACUACUGCCAGCUGCAGACAUCUUGUGGGAUUCACUUUCACAUGUUGAUGCUAACCACAACAUUCUUCUAGUCGACAAAAGACGUGGCUGACACAGUAGCGGGAAACCAGCAUAAUUUAUUCUGCAAUCAAAGCUGCAGGUAAAGAAUAGAAAACCAAAAGAUGAUCAUUGCAGUCAUAUUAUCCACUAUGUAUGUAACGACACAAAGGCUAACAGUUUCUGAUCUAUAUUGGGCAGUCCGUGCAAGCGUCAGCUCAUUUCAGAAAUGAUCGUUAUUUUACUCUGUCAUUCCGUAAUAUUUUCACAAUCUUCGGUCUUAAAACUUGUUGUAAAGUACUCCAUUUGAACCACAAUUAACGAUCUGUUCUUUUCUAUUCCUCUUUAUCGAAACCUGAUUCUAUCAGAUUCAUUGUUGCCGGAACGUCAAGCUUGGAAGUUAAUGUUAUCUGUUACACAGAUUGACUCAUUUCUCAUGCCAAAGUAGUAUGAUUCAAAACAGACGCGUUUUUGUUAAAAAGGUACGAAUGAAUUUUUAUUAAAAUUGUUGUUUUGGUGGUAAUAAUUAUACCUCACGAAUAUACAUAUGAGUGCGGAAUGUAAUUUUUGAAUUUGAAAUAUUGAUUUUUGCGUGGAGGUGUGUGUAAUGGUUUUUAGUAUAGUUAUUUAUAGUUGAGUUUAUAAAUAAUCUUG